GUGGGGAUGGGGAUUUACAUUUUCCCCAAAUACAGCCUUCCAAAAGGGUCCUAUUUUGUUUAAAUGAAUUUUGAAGAAUUUCCUGUGCCUUGAAACUUUAUUGUACAGUGAUCAUUAUUUUUAAGUAUACAUGUAAGUGUUGAAAUUCCUCAGGAAGUCUGAAUUUCAGGUUGCAUGUACAUUGUACGUGCAUCUCACCCAUGCAUUUGAUGAGAAUUGCAUUACAGGACCUGUCGUGUAUAGGUGAACCCUGUCCAGAAGGCUUGUAGUCGGUUAUUAUUCCCAAGGAGCUGGGAAUGGGCUCUAACAUUGCAUUCUUGUUUUCCAGAAUCAAAAUGGACAGGCAGUGUCAGGCCAUUCCAGAUUUACCUGCUCCAGUCGGUUACUCAGAGAGGGCACUGGCUGAUGUUACAGUGCAUGACACAGAAUCUAACUUAGCUGUCAAGAAAUAUUGGGAUGUUGCUCUUGGUCCCUUGAAGCAGCUGCCCAUGAACCUGUUCAUCAUGUAUAUGUCUGGUAACUCCAUCUCCAUAUUCCCUAUAAUGAUGGUGGGAAUGAUGGUCUGGAGACCCGUACAGGCCCUCAUUGGAAUUAAAACAACUUUCAAGAUGCUAGAUCCCAGCCCACAGGCUCUGAUUCAAAAGAUGGUUUACUUUGUCUCCAACCUACUUGGCAUUGCAUUAGCAUUGUACAAGUGUUCCUCAAUGGGUUUACUACCAACGCAUUCAUCAGAUUGGCUGUCAUUCCUUGAACCACAAGAGAGAAUGGAGUAUUCUGGAGGAGGCAUCAUUCUCUGAGAGAUAGUAGGCAUCCAUGCUUCAAGGAGAGUAUUACUAUAUUUAACAAGUGAUGUGUCUUUUUCUAUGAUAAGUACAAAAAAUAUAUGUAAUGUUCACCUAGCACUUCAUAAAGAGCAUUCCUCAAUGGAAGUUUGUGUACCGAAACAGUGUCGAGAUUUAAUAAAUUGUACAUGUACAUGCAGAUGUUUCAGUAUGGAUAUACCUCAGUCUGUGGCUUCUGUAUCAAUAGUUACCAAUAGUUUUCAUGCUCCCAGCACAUAUUGUGACACUACAUUAAGUCAUCAAGCACUUUUGGUCCUGUAUUCUCUGCAUGUACAUGUAUGGUAUAUGCUCUGUUCACAGAUAUUUGCAUCUUAUGCAGAGCUUUUGUGUGUUCUUUAUGUGCUAAUUUCUUUGGCUGUUUCAUUCAAACGCGUUUCCAAAAUUAAUUACUAUAAGAUGUAGUUCCUUUUCUCUCAUAGUUUUGGUUGAUCCCCGUUAUAGUGUUUCUUCUGAUCCACUGAAGUUUGCUUUUAUGAAAUAUGGUACAUUAGAUGUUGAAAAUGCACUUAUGAAUUUUUUUGUCUUUUAUUUGAUCAGGUAGACCAGCAAUCUUGUAACAUGUCAAAAAUAUUGUGCACACAACUUCUGCAUUGUGGAAGUCUGAAAUCUCUAUUAAAAAAAUCCAUGUGUGGCCUUGCCAUCUUUCAAUUUGCUUAGAUGUUUGCGUAGGAGUGUGCUUAGAUGUACUUGGAAACUAUGCCCAGUGUUGGCACAAACACAAGCUCAUUUGAUAUCAUUCAGUGUAUUUCAUCCACUUGAAGGCUGUGUUUGAAAAUGGAUGACAGGUGACUUCCAGGUUAGGUAACAGCACUAAGUGAAUGAAAUCUCUGUGAAGCAACCUACAUGUGUAGGUUAUGUACUGUUCCAUGCACGUUGUAGGUUGAUUUACCCGGGCUGAUUUACCUGACCAGAUUAUCUCUCAGAAAUCCAGCAAGUCCAAAAGAUGCACUGACAGCCAGAUACAUUUAUAACUACGGGUUAAGGUUUGAUGAAUGAUGUGAACAUGAUUUAUAGAGAUUUUUCAUGUGACUUAACAUGACUGGCAAAGGCAUUUCGGGACGUGUACCAUGUCCGUGGAGGCUCAUGCAUUUUCGAAUCUGUGUAUUUCUAUUGGCAAUUUCAUUUACGCCAGAAUGCUGAGAGACUUGAUACGUGUACACGUUUCCACAUACAUCUGGGUACAUUAAAUGCAGACCGUCAAAAAUUGCGACUGAUAAUCCUCUGUAGUGUUCCUUCACCAUUACAUUAUUAGCAACAGAAAUCAAUUUUAUCCAAUUGACGAACCCUUAACCAUCAUUCAUAAAUACCUCAGACAGUCUCCCUAUUCAGCAACGAGCAACUUGACCGUGUAUUAAAUUUGAUAAUACCUGCUGAGAAGUGAUAAUGGCCGCUACGUAAAUCACGCGCUGGCGCCGUGCCUGGACACGAGACAGUUUAAGGAAAAUGAAAGUAAAAUGCUACAAUAAAAUCGUUGGAAAUCCUUCAUGUAUUGAGCUCUUAUGACUCUCUGAGUAAAAAGCUAUUUAUGAAUGGGAAUAAUUAUGUGCCUGGCCGGUCUUAAACACACGUUUAAGAUCGGUCAAGCACAUAUUCAUUCCCUGAUGAUAUCAUUAUCAAAGUAAAAGAAGUCUGAUUAUAAACAUUGCCUAUGUUGAUCGCUUGCAAUUAUUAGUUGGUUAAAAUAAAUACUUCCAGUUUAAUAGAAGAAAAGUCAGGAAGACUGAAUGAACAACUACAUGCAUUGUAAAUUUUAAAGGGGAGGGAUCAGACACCUGGGACUUCCAGCCUAAUAUCUGUACAAUACAUGUAUUAAAUUGGUGUCGUAGUAAAUAAAUACGUGUACAUGUAUUGGUUAUUCGUAACUACA